AUGGCAACCUUGUCGCAAAACACGGCCAUAGAGUCCGCCUUGGCAACUCUACAGCCCCUGAAAGAUUUGUCUCGCAAUUGGGAUGUUGAUAUCGCUUCAUGCCUAGAAGAGUACCUUCAUGAUAUUGGUGCAGGCCAUUUGAUUCGGCACAUGGAGGAAGGCGAGGAUGAGCCACAUAUUACAGAAGAGAAUAUUCCCAACUUUGCUCAUGCGGCUUUGAUCCUUCAGAAUUCGUCAUCCGUGUAUAUGAGAAAGGUGGAUUAUCUUCACAAGCUUGUCUACAAGGCUCUUGAAGAGUUCUGCCGCAAUAAUGCAUCCAUCAACAAGGAGUCGUCGCGUCGCAAGAGCACUGAUUCUGACGUUCAGCUCUUUCUUGACUUUGAUCCCCACACAGAAUUCCUACUAUUGGAUGACGUUGUUCCGGAAGAUUUGACCAACACUGAAAUCAAUCUAAAGUCAGACGACACAGAAUCAAGAGCGCUUACAUCGUCCACUCCGAAUCAGUCGGAUGUCAGCGCUCGCAAUCGAACAAGACUAUCAUUAGGUGGAUUGUCUGUGACCAGGCUUGAAAGAAGCAUCACUGGGGGAUUCACAUCCUCAGCACAACAAAGAGCCCUCAUGGGGACCAUCAAUAAUGGAAGUCUACGUCUAUUCAAUGGUUUGUGUGAUGUUGGAGAUGAUGGUGUCCUCUUGAUGCCUGGUUCCGCACUUCCGAACGCGGUGGACGAUUCCAGUAUGCCGCAUGAUUCCGAGCAGACACGAAGAAGUUUGUUUGGAGAGGCAGCAACUGACGAAGCUGCCUGUUUUGCUCCCCAACAAGAUGCUGAAAUAGAUGAUGACGAUCACAGUAAUGAUGGUCCUGGAUUUGAGAUGGAUUUUGGUGGUAGCGAGGACGAACGAGAUGCCAAUCAUGGAACUGGAGAGACCGAGGUCGGUGUUGUAGCGUUACAACAGCAGCGACGACAAGUAACUUUUGCGGAACCUUCAAAAACCAAGCCACGAGUUGAUCCAUGGGCGCUUCUUGAUCCUCAUUCCGAUGGAAAUAGAAAGCCAAAACCACUGCGCCGUGGAAGGACCAUCAAGCUUCCAAGGGAGGUAGACACUCUACCUUCGGAAUGUGUGACUGGGGCUAGGACUCGGACGAUGCCACAUCGACGCAGAACUCGUCUGCAUGAAGAUUAUAGCGCUACAAAAUCAUUGGCCGCAGAAACUUUUCGAUCAUUCCUCAGCGACGAUGGUGCACCACCAAAGAUUCCAUUCAAUGGUCUUGUGUUCAAAGAAUUCACCUAUAUCGCCAAACAAAACGCGAAAGAAAGAAGCCAGCAACGCCGUGCAGAACGAAAGAAACAAGCUGCAGAACUUGCGGCUCAACCUCAGGAUGCUGGCGAAGCGAAUUAUGAAAGUGACGAUGACUACGGCGACGGUUACGACUUUGGUGGAGAUGAUGAUGACUAUGACGCUGGGGACAAUAAUGGGGGCAAUACAGGUAUGGCAUCCUUGGAUGAUGCUUACGACAAUAAUCAAAACAACCACGAUGACGAUGAUGUAUCCUACACGGGAAAAUCAUUUGAAGAGCUAUGCCGCGCUCACAUUCAAGCAUUUGCUAAGGGUGCUGAAAAGUAUGCACUGAGCACAAAACUAAUUGACCGAGUUGACAAGUGGCAAGCGAAGCUCGCACCAAUUCUAGAGGAUGAGGAGCGUAGAUCAGCCUUCGAUAUUCAUAUGUAUUCGAAACAGUUGAUUGAGUCUGCCGAAGAAGGACUCCGGAAAGAACGAGUCAAACGGAAGAGUGAUGGGUCGACUCAGGCUGUCACAAAGAAUGUCAGCUUUGGUACUGUGACCGAGAACUGCACAAACAGUGAUGUGUGCCGAAUGUUCUUGGCUUCCCUCAGUUUGGCAAACAGUGGGAACCUCAGAAUCGAUGAGACUGCAGAAUCUUACAGCUUCGAUCUGAUGUCCAACUUGGUAGAACUUCCAAUGGAGACUUUCCAAGCUCCUAGCUUAAAGGGGGUAUAA